ACAUGUAAUUGUUUUGGGUUUUCUUCUUAAUAUAGAGAAGAGCAAGGGGAGGAAUGAAGAAAACGAGAAUCAUAAGAGCUCAGAGUUCAUACGGGUCCGUUCCGGGAGGAAAGAAACCCGUCGUUCACCUACCUCCGCCGCGAUCAAUCGUCUUGCCGUCUGCUGUCCCUGGUCGGGGGAAUUCCGACCAGAUACCUCACUCCCCUGACGCUAAUGUCCACCUCAUUAGUAUCGUGUAUUCUCUUCAGGCUUCUAUGUCUGUAAUCGUUUUGGGUUUUCUUCUUAAUAUAGAGAAGAGCAAGGGGAGGAAUGAAGAAAAUGAGAAUCAUAAGAGCUCAGAGUCACCACCAGAUUCUUACCUCCGGCCGGCCGUCGCCAAACAGAACUGCUGCAUUCUCACGGGUGCAGCAGCACUGCUUUGCUUUCGUUUUAUUUCACACGGGUCCGUUCCGGGAGGAGAGAAACCCGUCGUUCACCUACCUACGCCGCCGCGAUCAAUCAUCUCGCCGUCUGCUGUCCCUGGUCGCGGGAAUUCCGAGCAGAUAUCUCACUCCCCUGACGCUAAUGGCCACCUCAUUCGCAUCGAAAAGAAAGGAGCAAAAAAUCUGGGAAGCGACACCAGAGUUAGGAAAAAACGAAGAAAGUCAAGGUUUCAGAAAACAAAGGAAAAAUUGAAGAGGUUGAAGGCAGAAGUAGAGGAGCAGACAGAAGAAACAAAUCAAAUGCAAGCUGCUGCUGAAGGGAUUGAAUUGGCGCUUGCUCAUGGUUGGGCUGAGAAUGAGUUGAUGAUGGAGCAAAACCUGCAGGACCAACAUCUUCUUCUGAUGCUUUACUGGAGAUAUUUCUUAGAUUCAGAUGCUGGUCCUGUGAAUUGAGAUGUUACCUUUGACACAGAAACAAUAUGGCAAGGAGAGCAUAUUGAUUCAAUUGAAGUUUACAGCUUCGUUGUUUAUUUAGUCCUAUGUUUGCUUGUCUUAAUUCCUUUAAUGUAAUUUGUUCCUUGUUUGUUCUGUAUGAAAAUUUUCUUUCAUAAAUAAAAUCCCCUCAUGCUUUUUGCCAAUUUCCAAGUUUGAUGUUUGUAUCUAAAUCUGUACUUCCUUAUGGUUUUUCUUAAAAGUAAAACUGAUCUCUUGCA